GUGGUCAGACUCCCCGAGCAGGAGGUUAGCUGCAGUCAUCACAAGGAAUAUCUCAGCUCAUCCUCACAUACCCAGCAACAAAUUCUAUACCUGCCAUUUUCUGAAAUAGCUUCUUCAAUGUAAAAGAAAACGUAGCAUUGAAUUGCAAUCAGUUUAAUUUCAGAACCUUGGACAGCGAGCAGCAAAAUGGCUCCGAUCUCCAGCCAUACAGAGGCUUUUGAAGAAUUCCCUACAAUGGUUGGACUUUUAAGUGCUUUUGGCCUUGUGUUCACAGUUUCUCUGUUUUCUUGGAUCUGCUGCCAGCGUAAAUCAACAAAGUCUAACAAGACUCCUCCAUAUAAGUUUGUCCAUGUAUUAAAAGGUGUUGACAUAUAUCCAGAAAACCUAAACAGUAAAAAGAAAUUUGGGGCAGAUGAAAAAACAGAGUUAAAUGGCAAAUCAUUGAUAUCAAAGUCUUCUCUUCAUCUUGAUCUUGAAAAAAGUGACUUAAAUGGUAAUUUUCCUAAAGCGAACAAAGUUAGAAGUUCUCCAGAUCUUGAGGAUUUUUCCCAACCACAGUUACCUGAAAAGGAGAAAGAGUCUAUAUCUCCUGAUAGUAUAAAGUCAAGCACAUCCUUAUCAUCUGUGGACAAACAAGACAAACUUGGAACACUUUUUUUCUCCCUAGAGUAUAAUUUUGAGAAAAAGGCUUUUGUGGUACACAUAAAAGAAGCAAAAUCCCUUCCAGCAAUGGAUGAGCAAUCCAUGACAUCUGACCCAUAUAUAAAAAUGACCAUCCUUCCAGAAAAAAAGCACAAAGUCAAAACUAGAGUGCUCCGAAAGACUCUUGAUCCGGCUUUUGAUGAAACCUUCACUUUUUAUGGAAUUCCUUAUAGCCAGGUUCAAGACCUCAUUCUUCACUUUAUGAUCCUAAGCUUUGACAGGUUUUCAAGAGAUGAUGUCAUUGGAGAAGUACAUUUUCCUCUUUCUGGAAUUGAGCUGUCAGAGGGAAGAGUUUUGAUGACCCGAGAAAUCAAUAAAAGAAAUGUUCGGAAAUCAACGGGGCGUGGGGAAUUACUCAUCUCUCUGUGCUACCAGUCUACAACAAACACUUUAACUGUGGUUGUCUUAAAAGCUCGACACUUACCGAAAGCUGACACGUCAGGAUUAUCAGAUCCAUAUGUGAAAGUGAAUCUUUAUCAUGCCAAGAAAAGGAUCUCCAAAAAGAAAACUCAUGUCAAGAAAUGCACACCAAAUGCUGUGUUCAAUGAACUGUUUGUAUUCGACAUUCCUUGUGAAGGUCUGGAUGACAUAAGUGUUGAGUUUUUAGUCAUGGAUUCAGAGAGAGGCUCAAGAAAUGAGAUUAUUGGGCGAUUGAUUCUUGAAGCUUCAGCUGAGGGAACAGGAGGAGAGCACUGGAAAGAAAUCUGUGAACACCCUCGGAGACAAAUUGCAAAGUGGCACAUGCUGUGUGAUGGUUAACAAUCUAGGAGUGGGUGGACCUUAAAUAUUUACACAAGUAAUUAUUUUCCUUUGCAGUGUAAAUUAAAAAAAAAAAAAAGCUUGUAACUACAUUUUUUUGGUAAUCCCAUGACCGAUUUAGCAAAAAAAAAAUAUUGAAAAGGAAAAAAAAUCAAUGGCAGCUGGUGUCAUAAAUUAGCGUCACACUUGAUUAUAUGUGAAGUUUACACGUGAGAAAAAUGAGAUGGAACUGUCUAAAUUAUCUUAAUGAAGUAAAUAUAUAUUACAUCAUUUUCUCAAAAUAUUGCACAGCAUGAACAACAAUUUUGUUAAUGUUAUCAACAUUGAAGUUUCUCAUGUAUCUUUAUGCCAUAACCUAAACCCAAUAAUAUAAAAUUAUAUAUAUAUAUAUAUAUAUAUAGUUUCUUCUGACAAGCAGGAUGCAACACUUAAAGGGACAUUAAACCGGCAUCUAAAAGAGGGAAUUUUAAAAAAGUGUCUUACAGAUUUGUUUUGUCUGUCUGUCUGUUUGUUUGUUUGUUUGUUUUUAGCAUUGUAGGUUCCAUUUCUUAAAAAAAUAAAUACAUUUCAUGCUUGUUGUGCAUGUCACAUUUUGCCAUUAGAGAUGAGAGGCUGUCCUUGUCACCAGGUAAGCUUCUAUCUCAUGAACGAACUGUGCAGAAACAGCAACUUCCUGUUUCAUAAUAGUUUAUAUUUAAAAGUACUUUUUGUUUUUUGCUAAAAAAUAUUUUAACAUUUUAUACAUAGAUGCUAACCAUUUUUUGAGUUUAGUGUCCCUUUGAGAAGCACAUUCUCUUUGAAAAACAUUUUUGGACUUAUCCCGUAGCGUAUAAGAAUCAAGAUACAAUUUCAACCACAGCAAAUAUCACUUUCCCCCAACACUACAUGUAUGCCCAUUUUUUGUUUUUCCCACAACACCUAAAUAUUUCUGCAUUUACCCCUAAUUGCAGGAAUAAGCUAUUGACUGUCUACCAACCAUGAAUCCAAUAAAAACUUAAGACCCUCAAAAUCAACAUUCUAUGCUAGGAAAAUGGGACCAAUGAGAAAAUUCAACAACUUGCUCUACAUUUUCACUUCCCAUGCAUUGUUGUUCUUCUUGUGAAUUGUUGUAUUAAAAAUAUACUGUUUGAACUUGGUGUUUCUGUAAGUGAGAAUAUAUGCAAGUGCAAUGUAAAACAGAGAUGUAAUGUAAUGACAGAGAGGUAAAAUAAAGGGCUUAUAUGGUUGUAUGCGUUAUCAAACUAACAUUACAAUACAAAUAAAGGUGUACACCCUUUUCAUCAAAUAGAAUGACACGUGUAUGACAAAUAUUACUAGAUGAAACAUAAAUAGAUACAAACAUUUUAUAUGUAGUGAGUAUGGAACUUGGAACACAUGCAAUGUUAUGGUUCAAGGAAUUGCAGUGAUUUUUUUAAAUAUAUUUUUUUUUAAUUAGUCUAGAUCAUAUGAAUUAAUUAGAAAAUACUUGCUUUUAGGUCAUGCAAAAUUUUCCUCAACCAGGACUAGACAUGUAGUUAAAACCUACCUAUUUAAUUUUUUAUAUAUAUUUGGGCUCCCUUAUUAGCACAAGGAAUGAAAAGUCAUUUGAAAGAGAAGUAAGUUAUAUAUUUUUAUUUGCAACAACUGUAAAAUGAUAUGAAAAUAUCUGUUACUGAUAAUACUUAUGUGGUUUGUUGCUUAAUGAAAGAAAUGCUACAUUUUAGUUAGAGCUUAUUGAAAAUGAAGAUGUUAUUUUUCUUAUCUCUAAGUUCAUGGUCUCACUAAAAUCUAUGGAUCUGUAGUUUCCAGGUUAAUGGGGCAUAUUUAUCAAGAUCCAUAUGAAGCUUGAUGCCCCGUGUUUUUCAGAAGUUUUCAAGAAGUUAUGAAGUAGCGGUCUAAAGACCGCUACUCCAUAACUUGUCCGCCUGCUCUGAGGCGGCGGACAGAAAUCAACCCGAUCAAAUUCGAUCGGAUUGAUUGACACCCCCUGCUAGCGGCCGAUUGGCCGCGAAUCUGCAGGGGGCGGCAUUGCACCAACAGUUCACAAGAUGGGCAGCGAUGUGCAGCGAACAUAAUACGCUCUUUGGUAUCAUGUCCGCUCGCACAUUGUUAAAUAUGCCCCUAAGAAUGCAUAGCCUUUAGGGACAUGUAUCCACCUUAUUGGACAAGGCCCACAUAAGACCAAAAUUUAUCUCAGUGUUUGCAAUGUCUCUUGUUUAGAGUGGGGUAUCUGGGUAUUUUCAGUCUAGACUGCCCUUUCUAGGUUGGACAAGAAUGAUAUGCUUCAGGAAAUUCUUUGUAAAGGGAUCAUAUUGGGGAUAAAACUAUGCUACUCUUGGGUGGUAACACGCCACAACUAUUACGUCAUUGUCUGUUGCCAAACUGAGUUCUCCCCUCUGGUGUUUUGUAUGUUAUAUAUAUCUUAUAUAUGGGAUCUAAUAAUGUAAGCACAGACGACUAACCUCUGUGAUGUUUUGCUAUUUAUUAUUCUUGAUUGUUAAGUCAUAAGAAGCAGUUUAUCUCAGAUUUCAUUUUUAUUUUACAUCUAACAGUAGCUUACGUUGCUCCAGUUGUUAUAUGCAUUAAAAUCGCAUUGCUUUAUAUUAAAAUUAUGCACACAUGAUAAUAAUACAUAAUGUUUAGAAUCUUAGAGAAACAUUUACCUGACUUUCAUGAUGCUUACAGCAUUUUAGGGUAUUAUUAAAUGUAACUGCUAUACUUGUACAUUCUACCAAUAUUGACAUAAGGUGUAUCAGUUUUAAAUAAAGUGCAGGUAGAUGGCCA